UAUCCUUUCUUCCUCCUUCAAUUCCCAGCUGCCAUGGACAACAGUUUCCGUGACUGGUCCAGUCUUCCAGAACACCUCCUUGCCACAAUUGCAGAACGCCUCCCCACUCGAAUCGACAUCCUUCGCUUCCGCGCCGUCUGCAACUCAUUUCGAGCCUCCCUCCCCCCUCCUCCGCCAAAACUAUACUCAGAUAUUCACUAUUACCACAAGUCUCCCACCUCCAACUCUCCCCUACACUUUGUCAUCGCCGAGUCCACCGUUUACGCGAUCGAACCCGUAUCAAAAAUCUCCGAUCCUCAUCACAGCCCAAGAACAUGGUUAGUCAAAGUUGAAGAGUCACCUUCAGGAACCGUCAAGCUCUUGGAUCCCUUCUCCACAUCGCAAGUUAAGAACAUUUCCGGUAAGUUACCCGAGUCUCUUAACAUAUCGGAUCAUCGCGUUAAGGAAAUAAGUAAAGGGUACAGACUUGAAUUAGCUAAAGACCAACAAAGGGAGCUCAGCAGAUCGGAGCGAACCUACACCGGCAAAGUAGUUGUUUCUACUGAUGAAGAUGGUGAUGAUGAAUUCACGAUCAUGGUGUUAAUUCAGGGGAAAGUUAUUGUUUGGAAAAGAAGAGAUAAAAAAUGGGUUGAUAUCGAUAUCGAUUAUGAUCGUUUUCAUUUCAUUUACGAUAUAAUCUAUCAUAAAAGAAGAUUCUAUGUUUUGAGCUACAAAGAUCGUACUCUAUGUGUGGAUCCGAAGUCUUUGAACGUUUCCGAACCUGUGGCUCCAUUACGGAUUUCGCUAAGCAGGUCAGCCUCCUCCUUCCACUUGGUAAAGUCAUCUCCGAAUUUGUUUUUGAUCCGGAAGAACUAUUUAGACUUCCCUGGAAAUUACGACAGUCACUUUUGGGGUAAAUCCGGCGACAGAAGUUGCCGGCUUGGUUUGAAUAUUUUUAAGCUUGAUGAGGAGAAGGAUGGGUGGACUGCGGUGAAGCAUGGAUUC